AUGGCGCAAAUCAGCCCCGAAAUAAGUGAUGAUUUUCCGGAAAUUCGCAAAACUUCGACUUUUGUAUUCUGGAAUCAAACACGCAUUUAUAUUAUGAUACUGACGUGAGAAUUCUGGAAACUGUUGUGAACCUUCCUUCUGAAAUUUUUCCAGUCUCGUAUGUUUGACGUUUAUCCAAAUGAACACUUUGACGUUCAAUUUCACCGUCAUUUGUAUGGACGACAUUGUGGAAGAUCAUCAUCGGGCCACCAAUUUCACAGGUAGACUUUUUGACGCUGUCUUAAACAUUCUGAAAUUCUUUUUUGUCUCUUUUGAUAGAUCUUUUUAUGCUGAUCAUUUUUGUCUCUUGCCACUUUCUCGUAGCGCUUCUAGUUUUCGAGAUACGGAACGGGACGUCAUCUGGCCAAAUCUAAAAUUUGUGUUGGCCGAUGUAGUACGUGAAACCAUGAAAUCGCUGAUCAAAAAAGUCUCUUGACACUUUUCCGUCUUUUAGUUUUCGAGUUAACCCUCAAAAACGAACACUCAAACUUUCAGACACCCACUGGUUCGAGCGAAACACCGAAAAGUCGCUGCUCUUCUCGGGAGCCGCGAUCGGCGGACUCAUCGGCCUGAUCCCCUCGGUCCCACUGAUCAGUUCCCUGGGCUUACGGAACGUCCAGACCAUUUCCGGACUCAUUUCCUCGGUCGGCGCCUUCUUCUUCCCGCUGGCCGUCUCCGCCGGUUUCUACACUUCGAUGCUAUGUCGUAUCCUUCAGGCAUGGCGUUGUUUCUUUUUUUGGGACCGAGAUUUCCUCAUAGCCUGACUAAUUAAUAUCAAAAAGGUUUUGAGGGCACGUAAACUUUAGCUAACUUGACAACUAAAGUUUCAAUGUUCAUAAAGAACUGAUAGUGAGCAAGAUCGUGAAAAUAAGACUUAUUCUGCAGGGCGUCGGCUCGGCGAUCAUGUUCACGACGGUCGGCGUGGUCCCUGGGGUCUGGGCUCGCGGCUCCGAGGCCAACAGUUUCAUGGCCGUCCUCUCGUGUGCUCUUCAGUUGAGCAACAUCAUUUGCAUGCCCGUCUCGGGCAUUCUAUGCGAAAGUUCAUUGGGUUGGCGCUCGAUUUAUUACCUUUUCGGCGCCGUCACUUUUGUCGUUUAUAUCCUAUUCUGGACGACGUAUUCGGACGAUCCCAAGAUGCACAGGUAAGACUUACUGGUCGCCUAACUUUUCAAAUUCAAAUAUAGUUUAUCUGACUUGUUGCCUAGAAAAAGCUAGGCCACCGCCAUGAGAUCAACAACCAACAACUACUAUCGAAUUUCAGAAAUGUGUCGCGCAAAGAGCUCUCGAAAAUCUCGGUGGGAAAAGUGGAAAAAGUGAAAGAGGCGGUGCCGUACGGGGCGGUCUGUUCGGACCCGACCGUACUCGUCACGUGGAUGUCCUGUUUCGGCGGCAACAUGGGAUUCUUCGUCCUUUCCCUCUACGGACCGACGUAUCUUCGAGAAAUUCUGAAGUUCGACGUCAAAGAGACCGGAUUUCUGUCGGCGCUCCCGUUCAUCCUUUCCGCUAUUGUCAAGUUCGGCGCCGGACAGAUUUCGGAUAAACUGACGUUUUUAUCCGAGAAAGUGAGUUUGGAUUGGGUCUUGAAACCGAUAAUAGCCAAUAGAUCUCAAAAAGUUUGUGCGGUAUCUCGACAUUUCACCAAUUUUCAGGCCAGAUUCGUAUUUUUCGCGGCCGCCUCCCAAAUCGGUCUGGCCGCCGGAUUUCUGGUGAUGGCGUUCACUUCCAAUCGGCUCAUUGCUCAAAUUGCAUUCAAUUUCGCCAUCGUCUCAUCGGGACUCAAUAUUAUGGGAGUGAUAAAGUGUAUUCAACUGGUUAGUGCGUCAGAAUACGACAAAAAUAGUCUUGAAACGUGCCUGACGCCCGUUUCAGCGUUGUCUCCAACACGUGCACUUUGCAAUCGCCGUCAUCUCGUUCACAGCGUAUGUCGUUCAAUUUUUGGCGCCCAUUUUCGUGGGAAUCAUUUGUCCGGAUAACACUUCAGAGCAGGUAGGUACAGUAAUCCGGUACCGGAACUGAAGUACUUGGCGCUACAGUAAUCCCGUAGACUUAUUAGUCCCUAAAUAUAGUCGCGUUCUGAAACUCGGCUUGAGUAUCUAUUUUCGAAAUGGGGUUACAAACCACCAAAAAAGAGUGAAAAAUCAUUGGGAAAUGAGUGCAGUUGAACGUUUUUUUUCCCCCAAUUGGAAUGAUUGUGUAUACCAAUCGAUAAUUACUUUGUUUUCGAGAAAAAUCGACGAAAAAGCAAGCUUUCAGUGGACGCUUCUCUUCCUGCUAAUCACUGGUUUCAUCAUCGUCUGCAACGUCGCUUUCCCAUUUCUCACAAAAUCCGAAGCGGCCGAUUAUACGAAAAAUGCCUCAAAUUUACCUACUUGA